AUGGUAUUUGAAAAUCAAUCUUUCAACCAUUCUCCACAUCAUCAACAACAGCUACAUAAACAACAUUGUGAUCGUGCACGGUCUUGUUAUCGAUUGCGUCAAAAGAAAAAGGAACGUCGUCUUCAACAUGGUCCAUUAUCUGUACGUCAUCAUCAACAACAUGUAAGAGAAAUUAAAAGAAAUAAUCAAGAGCAAAAAAGGGAAAAUAAAUUAAUUACCGCUAUAGUUGGUUCGUCAAUCGCUCGAAACAUAUCAGUAAAAAACAUAGAAAAUGAAACGAAUGAAGUGCGUCUUAGAUUUAAAUCGGAUAGUGAUUGUGCUGAUGCUCUAUCUUGGUUGGAAUCAACUGAUGGUCAAUUUUUUAUGCGUGGUGUCAAUCAAUUAAUUUUCAUACUUGGCACAAAUGAUAUUCAUCGAGUUGGAGCUUUUCAAGCAGUUCAACGUAUUGAUUAUACAAUUGAAAAAAUUCGACGUUUAUAUUCCGACGUAAAUAUUAUUUGGCAGCUUCUUCAACAGCGCACACGAAAGACCUGGCUUUUACCUGAAGGCCAGGCAGUUUUAAAUGAAAUUGAAAAAUGUAAUGGGUUUCUACUCGAAUUGGCUGCCAAGAAGAAAUUUGAUACUAUUCAACCGGCAAUACCAAUUCAAUACAUGUACGAUGGCCUACAUCCAUCAAAAUAUGGAGUUGAAAUGAUGGAAGCAACCAUUCGUAACUAUCUACAACAAAACAAAAUGGUAUACUCUUCCUCAUUUUCAAAUGUUCCUCGUCGUUUUCAAAGUGAUACAUUUCCAGCUCCUUUGAUGUCCAUCAAUUUCUAA